GCGGCGGCGGGGUUGCGACCGGUGGUGUACCUGGUUGACCGGCCGGGUCUAACGCAGGCCACCGUGCUGGUUGGCGAGCCCGGCAUUCCCCUCUCCGACCCCGAUCUGUUCCCGCUGGAUGUGUUGGGCGGCGUGUUCAACUCCUUCGGGGGGCAGCUCUUCGACACGCUGCGCAGCCGGCAGGGGCUGGCCUACUCGGUGGCGGGCGGCUGGGACAGCCCGCCCGACCACACGGGGCUCUUCCUGGCAGGCGGCCAGACCUCCUCCCCCGGCGAGUUCCUCACCUCCCUGCGCCGCCUGCUGCAGCGAGCCACCGCCGCCUCCUCCGGCCCCUCCGCCUCCGAGCUGGCCGCCGCGCAGGCCGAGACGCUCAACUCCUUCGCCUUCAACUUUGCCAGCAGCGCCGCGCAGCUGCAGCGCAUACUGGUGUACGACCUACUGGGGCUGCCGCAGGACUUCCUGUUCCGCUACCAGCGCGGUAUCGCCGCUGUUGGCCGGGGUGCGGUGCUACGUGCGGCCGCCGCCCACCUGCACCCGGGGGCGCAGGCGGUGGUGGUGGUGGCGGACGGGGGCCGCGUGCGGGCGGGGCUGGAGGCGGCGGGGUACGAGGUGGUGGAGCUGGGGCUGCAGGAC